AUGAUGUGCAAACUACUGAUCUUCAGCUGUAUUUCAGCAGUAAUGCUUAUGACUGCAGUUUAUGGAGCAUCUCUAUCAAAAGCACAUCUUCUUAGAGCUUUAAUAUCAGAUUUAAAACUCCUGGAAAAAAGCAAGGACAAGAUUCAUCUUGACCUUUACACAGCAAAUGAGAAACAGGAGUGCAGCUGGCAAACUCUAGAUUGUUACCUGACUGAAAUGGGCACCUUGGAGAAUGAAAUUGAAGAUGAGGAUGUUGAUAAUCUUCGAAAUAUCAAGAAGAAUCUCCAGAGUCUUAUGGAUCUAAUUCCCCAAGGAACUGGAUGCAAGAUCUGUGAAGCUAAUGACAAGAAAAAGUUUCCUGCAUUCCACCAAGACCUGAGCAACUUUCUGAAAUCUAUGCUAAAAUAAUCAGAGAACCAUUUUUAUUUUUACUGCUAUGUUAUUUAUUUAAAUAUUUAAUUGAGAUUAAUUUAUAUAUUUUGCCCUGUGGCUUACUAGCUUGCUGUCCACUUUGGGACCACUGUAUGUUCUUAGUCUGGGUAGUAAGACAGUCUGUUCUAAGAUCAUAUUUGAUCCUUUCUGUAAGCCCUACGGGCUCAAAAUGUACUUUGGAAAACUAAUUGAUUCUCACUUUGUCAAUAAACUUGGAGACACAACUAUUUAUUGAAAAAACUAAUAAAAGUUACUUGUAGAUUAUAUUUAAUAAAUUUCAGUAACAUA